ACCCAUGUAAUGCUGUAGAUGUCGCGGAAAUUAGGCCAACUCGACCAUACCUGUAUUUUUUAACGUUUUUACACAUAUUUUAAUGCGCAAUCUCUAAUUAAAAGGUAAAUUUUAAUGAAACAACAGUUUCAUUUCGUAACAUUUUCCCUAUCAUGCAACGGUAAUUAGGAAUUUCGUGUACGAGUACAAUCGCCGCAGAAAUAAUAAUUGUAGGUACUUACCUACGUACCUUGUAUGUGUAAAAUUUUCUUUUGACAACUCUUUCCUUGUUUAUUUUCGUGUAGUUUUCGUUAUCGCUCUUCGUCUUUCGUAGGAAGAGUGGGAAAAUUUGCGUACCGAACAGAUAAAAAUACCACGUUGCCAAACUGAAAAAAACUGAACACCUGAUUCCAUUGAAAGAAAAAAGCAUACACGGAUUUAUAGUGUUGAUACUUACUGUUAAUCUGAAUAUCUUUUAUACAAUAAAAACUAGUAAAUAUGAGGGAAGAAAGAGAUAUAAUUCAAAAUUGAUGACGACUGAGAAAACUGGACUAAAGUUUUAGAAAGAAUUGUCUUUGAGAUGUGGGAGUAAUAUCGAUAUAGUUUCAACUUGUUAGAAAUGACAAAGAUGACGGUAUUAGUAAAUGAAAAUUUUCGUCAGGUUUUGUUUUAAAACACGUAAUAAACUGCGAUAAAAAUCGAUUUGAAAUACGGCAUUCGCCCAACCCAUUUUCGAGCUGACUACAUAGCAAGCAAGCAGUGUUCGCGUGAUUUUAAAGGGGACAUGUUGGUCCACGUCGUUCUGGAACUUUCGUCAGUUAUUGAUUUAUUAGAGAGCACUUUCCUGAGGAAACUGGAAUUGUAGUGGAGUACAUCUUCACAAACGGCAAUUUGCGCUCUCCUCUCCUUAUUAUUGAUCUUGCGUUGCCGAUGCCGAUGCCACUGCCGCUGCCUUUGCUACAACGAUGGUACGAAAGUUCUACCACCAUCCAGCCAGGAAGAUGUGCUGGCGUGAAGAUGGAGCACUUCCAGGCGGCUCUCGACCCUCGAAAACAGGAACUGCUCGAGGCCCGUUUUCUGGGAGCGCGGAUGUCUGCCGGAUCCCAAAUACAAAUGGCACCGCAGACUACCAUCAAUACAGUUCAGCCCGUUCAUAGCCAAGACUCCAAUAUGAGUACAGGUUCCUCUCAUAGUGAUAAAGAGGUGGAUUCAAAUACUCCCGAAAAGGUACCGCGGACGCCAUCGGAAAGAAAAAGAAAAAGAAAAGCAGAAGACAGUGGAGGGACAGUGGCAAAAGGCAUUAGUAGGACUGCUUCAGUAGAUAAAAAAAUUAACGAUUAUUUUAGUUCCAAACAUCCCAGUAAUAGUCCCAUUAGGCACGGAGGAGCGAAAAGCCCCUCCCCACAACAACCUUAUCCAAUGUUUCCGCCAUCUCCUCAACAGGUGGGACUGUCGUCACCCCAAGUCCCAUGUAACACUGUUCCUUUCGACUUCUACAAACAACAACCAGCUAGAAUACCUCAUCCAACUAUGGUUAGCAAACAAGUACAGACUGAAUUAACGUGUCAGAGGAUACAGGAAUUCGAGACGCAAACGUCGUCGGACCUGGAGAUUAGGAACAACAAAAUAGAAGAAUUGACGCGUACGAAUGAAGAGCUCCGGCAUCAGCUGACAACGCAGCAGAAGACGAUAGACAACCACAAGCAACACAUCAAUAAGUGCAUCGAAGUGGUGAAAAAACUUUUGAUCGAGAAAAGUUCGAUCGAAAAGAAGGAAGCCCGGCAAAAGUGCAUGCAAAACAGGCUCAAGUUGGGCCAGUUUGUUACGCAGAGGGUCGGAGCUACCUUUCAGGAGAAUUGGACUGAUGGUUACGCUUUCCAGGAGUUGGCGAGGCGGCAGGAAGAAAUAACUGCAGAACGGGAAGAAAUCGAUAGGCAAAAGAAAUUGUUGUUGAAAAAGAGGCCGUCAAAUAGUGAGGGUGGUAGGAAAAGGAAUAAUUCUACACUACACAACGGUACUGAUUCGACAUUUCUGAAGCCUGACUCUGUUCCUAAUUCCUUAUCUAUACAAGACUAUUAUGAGGCUGAUGAAAUUUUAAAGUUAAGGCAAAGUGCGCUGAAGAAAGAGGACGCAGACCUGCAGCUGGAAAUGGAAAAGCUGGAAAGGGAGCGAAAUCUGCACAUUAGGGAACUGAAACGUAUCCAUAACGAAGAUCAGUCCCGUUUUAACAACCAUCCCGUACUGAACGAUAGGUACCUUUUGCUCAUGUUGCUUGGUAAAGGCGGCUUCAGUGAGGUGCACAAAGCGUUCGAUUUGAAGGAGCAAAGGUACGUCGCAUGUAAGGUACACCAACUCAACAAGGACUGGAAGGAAGAUAAGAAAGCCAACUAUAUAAAACAUGCACUAAGGGAAUACAACAUCCACAAAGCGUUAGAUCAUCCUAGGGUUGUGAAGCUCUACGACGUUUUCGAGAUUGAUGCCAAUUCCUUUUGUACAGUUUUGGAAUAUUGUGAUGGACAUGAUCUUGACUUUUAUCUCAAGCAGCAUAAAACGAUUCCGGAGAGGGAAGCGCGAUCGAUAGUGAUGCAAGUGGUGUCAGCGCUUAAGUACCUGAACGAAAUAAAACCCCCCGUGAUCCAUUACGACCUGAAACCAGGGAAUAUCCUUCUGACAGAAGGAAACGUAUGCGGAGAAAUUAAAAUAACAGAUUUCGGACUGAGCAAAGUCAUGGACGAGGAGAAUUACAAUCCCGACCAUGGAAUGGACCUCACGUCGCAAGGGGCUGGCACCUACUGGUAUCUUCCACCUGAAUGUUUUGUUGUGGGCAAAAAUCCGCCAAAGAUAUCGUCGAAAGUGGACGUGUGGAGCGUGGGCGUAAUCUUCUACCAAUGUUUGUACGGUAAGAAACCUUUCGGACACAACCAGUCUCAAGCCACGAUCCUGGAAGAGAAUACAAUUUUAAAAGCCACGGAAGUUCAGUUUGCCAACAAACCUGCCGUCACCAACGAGGCAAAAAGUUUUAUCCGGGCUUGUCUAGCGUACAGGAAAGAAGAUAGGAUCGACGUGUUGUCGUUGGCUAGGCACGAGUAUCUCCAGCCACCGAUGCCUAAGCAUUCGCGGUUAACUUCGAACCAGCAGCAGGCGCAACAGCAGCAGCAACAACAGCAACAGCAGCAGGUGGCCGCGGGUUCUUUCUCAACCGGGAUCUUCGGCGGCGCGAUGAAUGCCUCCUCCUCGUCUUAGUUCUCGUUCGUUAUCAUCAUCAUCUACUUCAGUGCUGUGUUUUCUAAGUUAUUAAUUUAAAAUAAUAAUUAAAAUAAAAUGGAGAUUAAGAGAGAAAGAUGGAUAGAACGAAGGAAAAAAAAGUAAUUAUGUAAGUUAGUUACGGUAUCCUUCGUCGUCGUCGUCGUGUUUGUGAACCGACUUGCAAGUGAACUCGUAUGCGCGAGAGUGCGAACGGUGACUGUCACCCCCACACCCCUAAUUAUAGAGGAGAGACGUUAUGAACGGACCCGUCUCCUCAUCAUCAGCAUCCCUCUGUGUAUAAUAAAUAAAAGUAAAUUAAUAAGA